UUGGUGCGCGAGGCGGCGGCGCGCUGGGCGCGGGUGUGCGCGCGGGAUUCGGGCGCCGAGCCGGAGCGCUCUGACAAGAACGUCAUGUCAGACAACGAGGACAACUUUGAUGGUGAUGACUUUGAUGACGUUGAAGAGGAUGAAGGGCUAGAUGACUUGGAGAAUGCUGAGGAGGAGGGUCAGGAGAAUGUGGAGAUCCUCCCUUCUGGAGAGCGACCACAGGCCAACCAGAAGCGAAUCACCACCCCGUACAUGACCAAGUAUGAGCGAGCCCGUGUGCUGGGCACCCGAGCACUCCAGAUCGCGAUGUGUGCCCCUGUGAUGGUGGAGCUGGAGGGGGAGACAGACCCUUUACUCAUUGCUAUGAAGGAACUCAAGGCCCGAAAGAUCCCCAUCAUCAUCCGCCGCUACCUGCCAGAUGGGAGCUAUGAAGAUUGGGGGGUGGAUGAGCUUAUCAUCACGGACUGAGCCGGAGGAGCGUCUUUCCGACUGUGCCCCAGGCUCCAUUUUUAUGCUCGCUUUAUACGUGUAAAUAAUAAAUCCAUGAAUGUUUUUACCCCUC